GGCGCGCGAGCGGCUAAGGAGCCGCGCCGCAAACAGGCUCUCACACGCGCGUACACACACACAUACACGCGCGCGCGCGUACACAGCGGGGCUCCCGGAGGCGGCGGUGGCCGCAUCCCCGGCAGCGACUCGCCUGGAAGUGACAGGAGCCUGCUGGCUAGUUUCUCUGUGUGUGCUGUCAACCAUCUCCAGAGGAUUCUCGACAAAGCAGCCUGGGGACUGUGCACAGGGUUUGAUCAGGUAGAUAUCCCUUGUUGCUGUUCCCAGCUGCCUGGUCUUGAAUACCAUCAUGGCCAAACCUUACGAAUUUAACUGGCAGAAGGAAGUGCCCUCUUUCUUGCAAGAAGGAGCAGUUUUUGACAGAUAUGAAGAGGAAUCUUUUGUGUUUGAGCCCAACUGCCUCUUCAAAGUGGAUGAAUUUGGCUUCUUCCUGACCUGGAAGAGUGAAGGCAAGGAAGGACAAGUGCUAGAAUGUUCCCUCAUCAACAGUAUUCGGCUGGCAGCCAUACCAAAGGAUCCCAAAAUCCUGGCUGCUCUUGAAGCUGUUGGAAAAUCUGAAAAUGAUCUGGAAGGGCGGAUAUUGUGUGUCUGCAGCGGCACAGAUCUGGUGAAUAUUGGCUUCACUUACAUGGUGGCUGAAAACCCAGAAGUAACUAAGCAAUGGGUAGAAGGCCUGAGAUCAAUCAUUCAUAACUUCAGAGCAAACAACGUCAGCCCGAUGACAUGCCUCAAGAAACACUGGAUGAAACUGGCCUUUCUGACCAACACAACUGGUAAAAUCCCAGUGAGGAGUAUUACUAGAACCUUUGCAUCAGGGAAAACAGAGAAGGUGAUCUUUCAAGCCCUCAAGGAAUUAGGUCUUCCCAGCGGAAAGAAUGAUGAAAUUGAGCCUGCUGCAUUUACCUAUGAAAAGUUCUAUGAACUGACACAAAAGAUUUGUCCUCGGACAGAUAUAGAAGAUCUUUUUAAAAAAAUCAAUGGAGACAAAACUGAUUAUUUAACGGUAGACCAAUUAGUGAGCUUUCUAAACGAACAUCAACGAGAUCCUCGGCUGAAUGAAAUUUUAUUCCCAUUUUAUGAUGCUAAAAGAGCAAUGCAGAUCAUUGAGAUGUAUGAGCCUGAUGAAGAGUUGAAGAAAAAAGGCCUCAUAUCCAGUGAUGGAUUCUGCAGGUAUCUGAUGUCAGAUGAAAAUGCCCCAGUCUUCCUAGAUCGCUUAGAACUUUACCAGGAGAUGGACCACCCCUUGGCUCAUUACUUCAUCAGUUCCUCUCACAACACCUAUCUCACCGGCCGGCAGUUUGGUGGGAAGUCUUCAGUGGAAAUGUACAGACAAGUUCUCCUGGCUGGUUGCAGGUGUGUUGAACUUGACUGCUGGGAUGGAAAAGGUGAAGACCAGGAACCGAUAAUAACUCAUGGAAAAGCAAUGUGUACAGACAUACUUUUUAAGGAUGUAAUUCAAGCCAUCAAGGAAACGGCGUUUGUCACAUCAGAAUAUCCUGUAAUUCUCUCCUUUGAAAACCAUUGCAGCAAAUAUCAACAGUACAAGAUGUCCAAGUAUUGUGAAGAUCUAUUUGGGGAUCUCCUGUUGAAACAAGCACUUGAGUCGCAUCCACUUGAACCAGGAAGGCCGUUGCCGUCUCCUAAUGACCUCAAAAGAAAAAUACUCAUCAAAAACAAAAGGCUGAAGCCUGAAGUUGAAAAAAAACAGCUUGAAGCAUUGAAAAGCAUGAUGGAAGCUGGAGAGUCAGCUGCCCCGGCUAGCAUCUUAGAAGAUGACAAUGAAGAGGAAAUAGAAAGUGCUGAUCAAGAGGAAGAAGCCCACCCUGAAUACAAAUUUGGAAAUGAACUUUCUGCCGAUGACUACAGUCACAAGGAAGCGGUUGCAAACAGUGUCAAGAAGGGCCUGGUCACCGUAGAGGAUGAGCAGGCAUGGAUGGCAUCUUAUAAAUACGUAGGUGCUACCACGAAUAUCCAUCCAUAUUUGUCCACGAUGAUCAACUAUGCACAGCCUGUGAAGUUUCAAGGUUUCCAUGUGGCUGAAGAGCGCAAUAUUCACUAUAACAUGUCUUCUUUUAACGAGUCCGUUGGCCUUGGCUACUUGAAGACACACGCAAUUGAGUUUGUAAAUUACAAUAAGCGGCAAAUGAGCCGCAUUUACCCCAAGGGGGGCAGAGUUGACUCCAGUAAUUACAUGCCUCAAAUUUUCUGGAACGCUGGUUGCCAGAUGGUUUCACUGAACUAUCAAACCCCAGAUUUAGCGAUGCAAUUGAAUCAAGGAAAAUUUGAGUAUAAUGGAUCCUGCGGGUACCUUCUCAAGCCAGAUUUCAUGAGGCGGCCUGAUCGGACAUUUGAUCCCUUCUCUGAAACCCCUGUGGACGGGGUUAUUGCAGCCACAUGCUCAGUGCAGGUUAUAUCGGGGCAGUUCCUGUCAGAUAAGAAGAUCGGCACAUACGUGGAAGUCGAUAUGUACGGGCUGCCCACUGACACCAUACGGAAGGAGUUCCGAACCCGCAUGGUUAUGAACAAUGGACUCAACCCAGUUUACAAUGAAGAAUCAUUCGUGUUUCGGAAGGUGAUCCUGCCUGACCUAGCUGUCCUAAGAAUCGCAGUCUACGAUGACAACAACAAGCUGAUUGGCCAGAGGAUCCUUCCUUUGGAUGGCCUCCAAGCAGGCUACCGACACAUCUCCCUGAGGAAUGAGGGAAACAAACCAUUAUCACUGCCAACAAUUUUCUGCAAUAUUGUUCUUAAAACAUAUGUGCCUGAUGGAUUUGGAGAUAUUGUGGAUGCUUUAUCCGAUCCAAAGAAAUUUCUUUCAAUCACAGAAAAGAGAGCAGACCAAAUGAGAGCAAUGGGCAUUGAAACUAGUGACAUAGCAGAUGUGCCCAGUGACACUUCCAAAAAUGACAAGAAAGGCAAGGCCAACCCAGCCAAAGCGAAUGUGACCCCCCAGAGCAGCUCUGAGCUCAGACCAACCACCACAGCCGCCCUGGGCUCUGGCCAGGAAGCCAAGAAAGGUAUUGAACUUAUCCCUCAAGUGAGGAUAGAAGAUUUAAAGCAAAUGAAGGCUUACUUGAAGCAUUUAAAGAAACAACAGAAGGAGUUAAACUCUUUAAAGAAGAAACACGCAAAGGAGCACAGUACCAUGCAGAAGUUACACUGCACACAAGUUGACAAAAUCGUGGCCCAGUAUGACAAGGAGAAGUCGACUCACGAGAAAAUCCUAGAGAAGGCGAUGAAGAAGAAAGGGGGAAGUAAUUGUCUUGAAAUAAAAAAAGAAACAGAAAUUAAAAUUCAGACCCUGACAACGGAUCACAAAUCUAAGGUCAAGGAGAUUGUGGCCCAGCACACGAAGGAGUGGUCAGAAAUGAUCAACACUCACAGUGCCGAGGAGCAGGAAAUCCGGGAUCUGCACCUGAGCCAGCAGUGCGAGCUGCUGAGAAAGCUGCUCAUCAGUGCUCACGAGCAGCAGACCCAGCAGCUGAAACUCUCCCAUGACAGGGAAAGCAAGGAGAUGCGAGCCCAUCAGGCUAAGAUUUCUAUGGAAAAUAGCAAAGCCAUCAGUCAAGAUAAAUCUAUCAAGAAUAAGGCAGAACGGGAGAGGCGAGUCAGGGAGUUGAACAGCAGCAACACUAAAAAGUUUCUAGAAGAAAGGAAGAGACUGGCGAUGAAGCAGUCGAAAGAAAUGGAUCAGUUGAAAAAAGUCCAACUGGAACAUCUAGAGUUCCUGGAGAAACAGAAUGAGCAGCUUUUGAAAUCCUGUCAUGCAGUGUCCCAAACACAAGGCGAAGGAGAUGCAGCAGAUGGUGAAAUUGGAAGCCGAGAUGGACCGCAGACCAGCAACAGUAGUAUGAAACUCCAGAAUGCAAACUGAAGCUGAAGUCCAUGGAGUGAACACCAGAAGAUCAUGCCUAGCUUCUGAACACAGACUUCACCGACAAAAGCUGUUUUCUUUUGUGUUUCCUUUACGUAUAGAUACGGUGUUACCUGAAACCACACGGACUGAGGAUGACCAAACAAAAUGUUCUUCUAUUUAACAAUUUGAGUAUUGAAUUUCUUUGGCCAACCAAAAGUAGCUAU